AUGUGUAAGAAUCAUCGUCUCCUCAAUAUUAAAGAAGACGAAUCGGAAAAACUCCUGAAAUUAAAUAAAAUUAAUAAUUUCGGUACAACUCAAAUAAAGAAAACAGGCCAGAACCUUAAUGUCCCGGAUGAUCCGGUUCCGGAAAAACAAUUUUCCGAAACAGGAAAUUCUGCAGUAGCAGAUCUACCAAAACAUGUGAGUCAUGUCGAUCUUUUAUCAG